AUGUCGUCAGAUCCUUCGAAUGGGACAAGCUAUUCAGAGCUUUUUAACAAUAUCAACAAUAAUAACCAGCAGAGCUACUUCAGUCGCCAGUAUUUGAUGUCACAAAUUAAUAAUCCUCCUCCAGAUGACCAAGUAUUAAAUAUUCAAGAUCUGCCUCAAAAAAGGAAAAAUGUUAGGCAGCCUGACGACCCAAUAAGAAAAUUCAAUAAUACCUUGCCUGGAUACGUAAUAAACUACCUAUCUCUCUUCUUAUAUUUAUAAAUAUUAUAAUUAAUUUCUUGCUACAAUACAAUUUAUAAUAGAAUAUAGCAUCGAAUUAAAGUAAGGAAAAAUGGGCCAACCACUGAAGAAGUCAUUCUAGAAAAUGUGAGAAGAGAUAUUGGCGGCUUACGAUCAGCAACUGGAAAUAAAUAUAAAAGCAAAGACCCAAAAAGCUGUUUAACUGGAGUGAGUAAAAUGGAAAUCUUCGAACAGGUCGAUGGGAUCUGAUUCUUAAGAAACGACGAAGCUAAUGAAUAUGAAGAAGAAACCAUUGAAAAAUUUGUGCAAAAAUCAAAAAAAUAUAACCCAACUGUUUUCAAAGCAGAGAGAUCUCUAAAAAAAUCAGAAAGAAUGAUAAAUCUCCUUAAAAGCUACAGCAAAAGACUAGGAGAAGAUCCAAAAUAUGCAGAUUUGAUUAGGAACCCACUAAAAAAUAUAGUAGGAAAUGAAGAUCUUGUAGACGUUUCUAAUAAAAUAGGCCAGGAAAGAUUGAUAGGGAUUCUGCAAGCUUAUGAUAUCGUAAAAAAGUGCUUCAUUAAUGAUAUUAACCGAAGAAAUAAAAAUCAAGCUUCCAAUGCUGUUAUUGAUGGAAUUUAUGAAAAAGUAUUCAAAAUAGAAGAAAUUUUGGAGAAAAAGAAAGAAAGAGUAGAAGCAGCUAAUAAUUUAUAA